AUGCUGUUGGCGAUCAAGUACUCAUUCUGGCAAGAACAGAUGUCUGCGACGAAUGAAUUUGCCGUUACACUUACGAUGGGGAUGGCGCGGGCUGUGAUCGCUUUAGAAUUACGAGACGCGUCGGCCGCCGUUGAUUAUAAUUGCGCGGACAGAGCGGAUCCGAUUCCUGUGACCAAUCGGCCGCGGACGCCUACCGACGCGCUGCGGCCGAUUCACUUUCGCGCC